UGUGGCGCUACUUCGCUCACGUUAGUCGGUGUUUCUCCUCCAAUGGCGCUUGCCCCUCUCCAUUCUCACAUUGAACGGUUUAGCCAAUGUCGUACCGCCUCAUAAUGGACCGAGCCUAUCAAUGUCCGCGCUCACAAUGGAAAUCGGCCAAUCACCGUGGCGACAUGCGAGCCUAUCAAUGUCCGCGCUCACAAUGGAAAUCGGCCAAUCACCGUGGCGACAUGCGAGCCUAUCAAUGUCCGCGCUCACAAUGGAAAUCGGCCAAUCACCGUGGCGACAUGCGAGCCUAUCAAUGUCCGCGCUCACAAUGGAAAUCGGCCAAUCACCGUGGCGACAUGCGAGCCUAUCAAUGUCCGCGCUCACAAUGGAACAUUGCCAAUCACCGUGACCCCUCCCUCCCUCAGACGCCCUCACGCCCCCCACCACCACAAACAAAACAAAUUUCGAAUUUUAUUUUUAAAAAUAAAAACCGUUGGAAGAUUCUGAAAGUCAGAUGUCAGUAGCCUAGCUUCGUUGAAGAAGGAUUCGUCAUCACAUCAUUGAUCUCUCGACCUAAACGAUCUUGCUAUGAGCACCAAGCCAAAGAGCCACAAAGGUAUGGGGGAUGGGGAGUGGAUGGCAAGGCUUAAGGCAUUUGCCAGCACUGGGGUUUGGCCUUCCAAUGCAGGGAAUAGACCAGCCCCAAGGCAGAAGAAAUGGCAUGAUAUCUAUCAGAAGAUAGAAAAAUGCCCCAUGCAAGUUCGGGGACAGACCACCCUUUUUGGAGCGUCUGUCACUUGUGACUGUGGUUUUCACACUGUUAAACCUGCACUGCAGCCUCCUUCUGCACCUCCUUCUUUGACCCCACAGUCUGUGGGUUCACAAUCUAAUUCUGGAGAUACAGCAACAGCCACCCGCUGUUUCCUGAGGUCCCCUCCAUCUUUGUCAAGGUUCACUAAGUCCUAUUUUGGGGGUUCUCUUUCGGAUUCAGUGAAGCCAAACUUGGUGGCCCGGAAGACACCGAGUCCCUCUCCAUCCUCUGUGAGGAGCCCAAGUCCCUCUCCAUCCUCUGUGAGGAGCCCAAGUCCCUCUCCAUCCUCUGUGAGGAGCCCAAGUCCCUUUCCAUCCUCCGUGAGGAGCCCAAGUCCUUCUCCAUCCUCUGUGAGGAGCCCAAGUCCCUCUCCAUCCUCUGUGAGGAGCCCAAGUCCCUUUCCAUCCUCCGUGAGGAGCCCAAGUCCUUCUCCAUCCUCUGUGAGGAGCCCUAGUGUUGCUCCAUCCUCCCAGACACACUCCGGCAAGACAGUUGCAUCUGAACAGCCUUCAACGUCUCUGUUACAACCAGCUGCAGGUGAUAAUGCAGCUUCUUUCUGGUUGCCGAGUGAGAUGAGGAAAACCAUCCCUGUGCAGGAUCAAAGAUGGAUCUCAAAUACCCUCUUUAAAUCUGGCAAACUGCGCCCAGAUUUAAAGCUGUGGUACGAGCCUCCUGCGCCGGCCCUCAUUUACCAUCAGGUGCCAACACCUGAGAGGUUUUUUUCACAUCGGCUCCUCGUAUGGAUGCCCUACCAUCAGUGGAAGGUCAGGGUGUUCUGCAAAACUUGUGGGAAUCAUCUUACAGGUGCUGGCAUCCACAAGAGGGCUCGGAAAGUCCUGGAUAUUGAUAGGUAUUACCUCCUUGUGACGGAGACACUCAGGUGCAGCGGGUGUAAUCUCACGUAUCUAUCAACAUCCCAGAGCAUCCGAGACCAGCUGGACUUGCCGCACCAGAAACUAUUUCGGCUCAUCCUCACCCAAAAGUAUGCUUGUGACAUACGAGUGAUCAGGCUGAUGAGAGACAGGACACAGGGCAACAGUUCAGCACGGCUGCUGAAGCAGCUGAAAGAAAACCACGGGGAGGAGUGGCUGAACAGGUUGGGGCACUAUCUGGAGGAGUGCGCUAACUUUGUAAAUAGACCCAGCCUUUUCCCUGUGGUGUGCCAGGAGCCCCCAGAACCAGCUGACAUCCCCACUGAUCGCUGGUUGUUGUCAGUGUAUGGCAGAGAUAUUCUGUCACGCAUAGAACACAUAAAAGCCAGCAUCACCUCCACCUUGGGGACAGUUCUGAAGCUGGACUCCACCAAAAAGAUCACCAAAAAGCUGGCUGGCCACAGCAAAGGAACGGCUCUGUGGGUGUCGUCAGUCAGCAAUGAGCUGGGCCAAAUAUUGAAUAGUGUCCUGACUGUCCAGGAGGGUCCAGGACUGGACAAAAUGGCUGCAGGACUGAUGGAGCGGUACCGCCAGGCUGGGGCUGCACCUCCAAAGGUGCUGUAUGUGGACUGUGGCUGCUGUGUUAGUGAAGGCCUCAGCAAGCUGCAGGCCAGGUUUGGAGGGUGGCCAGAUAUUUACAUUCGCCUGGACAUUUGGCACUUUAUGCGGAGGCUGGCUGUUGGUUGUACCACGGAUGCCCACCCUCUGUAUCCUGCUUUCAUGCGGGCACUGUCCUCCUGCAUUUUUGAGUGGGAUGCAGGGGACCUUGACCUUCUUCGACGAGCGAAAGAAAGGCAGCUCCAGCAGGAACAGAGGCCAGGUAUAACCAACACCAUGGUGGACAGGCAGAUAACCAAGAAGGAGUUGAGUAAUUUCUGUCGUAGGAGGACACGGGGAGAGGACAUCACUACUGUCCUUAUUGAACGACUGCUGGAGGAGCUGAAUGGUCCAAAAGGGAGAGAUUUGAUGGGGGUUCCCUUACUGGAUGAAGUCAGGAUAAAACACAUCUGGGGUGUCCAAAAACGGCAUGUGAAAUGCAUUCAGGAUGCUGCAGGGAUUCAGUUGUACACUGAGGUUUAUUCCAGGAACCAGUGCAAACUUACUGAAUUUCCAGCUCUACCUCCUGGAAGGCCUGAAUAG